AAAAUAUUCAAUACAACUAUACGACUCAACACGAGCACAUAACACUAACAGAUCUUUAAACUCUUAAACUCAAAUACAUAAUUAAUACAUAGACAUACAUAACAUAGACAAUACACGGUCAAGAUGCCUUGUUUCAAGCAGGAGAAGAGCCUUGAGUUCCGCUCUCGGCGGGAUACCACCAAUGAUAGGGAUCCGAUGGCGCCCAAGCCGGUUCGUCCUCGCGCCAUGCGCUACCAUGGACUCUUUGGCAUGUCCAUUGCAGCCCAGCAUCUCAUUGUGGACGAGAAAUGGACGCCCAGCUGUAUUACCGAUCUCUAUGGCAACAUGGCUGAGCUGCUGAAGCGGCGCGUUAUCUACAAACAGCACGAGACAAGGACCCAUCGUGCCCUGCUCCUGGUGGAGAACAAGCGCGUGAAAACUGAAUGCGCAGAUGGACGCCUCAAGCUGCAGAAGAUAUCGGUCGGCAACAAUGCCCACGAGAUACGCAACAUGCUGAACAAUCACAGCAGCCUGCAGCGUCUCUAUCAGAGGAUGCCCAUCUAUCUGGUCGCCGACAACAUCAAUCAGCGGACCUUCGUCAUGCGCAAGGAGCGCGAUCGCCUGGACGCUCGACUGCAGCAGCUGAAGCAGAAAUAUCGAGUUCUAUUGAUGGAGAGGUCCAGGGCGGUAAAUAUGAUUAAGUACGAGAAUGAGUAUAUCUUGCAGGAGGAGCUACAGUCGCGUGUGCUCCUCAAGAAGAUAGAAAACUCGAAUGUGCGCUUGAAUGCCAUACGCACCAUAAAUACGACAUAUAAGAAAAUGCGGCAGGUCCUGCUGCAGGAUGAGAUUUUCUAUGAGCCGAUUCUGCGCUCUCUCGAUGACGAUAUGGAGGACCAGGUGAACUUCAUUAAGCACAUACUCUAUCUGGGCAUGCCGGCCAUCGCCAAGUUCAAAGUCCUGAAUCGCGAGCUCUUGCAAUUGUCGGAGAAGGCUCGCAAUAAUCAACUUGCCAAGAUUCAGAUAUUGAACUCGCUGAAAAAGCCAAUUGUUAUUGGACCACCGCAGGUCGUAGUCAGAGAGAUACAGACCAAUAAUCCCAAGCGUUAUCUUCGCCUCACCGAGAGCAUGGCGAUUCUCAAAGCUGAGCUGCAGACGAUUGAAAAUACAAUCAAAAAUCUUCGAUUGACCGUUUUGUGUUCGCAAGCCAAGGAGAUUUAUCCACGCGCCAAGAGUCAGAUAAAGAAAAACCAUCAGGUGAGCCGUCAAAUCGUUUGCGAGCAUUUGCGUCGCGACGUAUUGGAGGAGAAACAAGUCUCUGCGAGUAUGCUGCGAGGUGUAUUAGUCCACAAUCUGAACGAGGAGGAAAUAAAACGACUCACAUACAUCGAAACACUGAAAAACGAAUUGCAAAAAGAAAAGGAGAUUCAGAAGGACACGUUGGAAUACAUCCAGAAUCGUGCGAAAGCUUUCAUCAUGAUACGCUUGUUCCUUUGGAAUCUUGCCGAGAUCCUGCGAUCCAUCGAUCGCAGCCCCUAUUCCACUCGUCGGCGUUAUAGAACCUCGUACUUGCGAUUGCCUCUACUCAAAUUCGAGCUGUACACAAUGCUGGCGAUGGCGCCACCGAUUUUUAAGGAAGACAUUGAGAAAAUCAUGCAUCUGGUCAAGCGCAAGCUCUACAAGCUGGUGCAGGCCUACCAAAAUGUUCCACUUCGCGACCUGAACACCAAGAAGUUUGUUGAUGAGUAUCACAGCCGUUACAUGGAUCGCAUGAGACUCAGUGCCGACCGGCAGAGCAGUCAACUAAUUGAGCCCAGGAUAAGUUUUGAAGAUGAUAAAGUGGACCCCGCUAUACUCACACGUAAACAGAUUAAGGCGAAGAGUUCAAAGAUCUUGGAGGAAAUCAGAGAAAGCUACGACUAAGAUGUAUAUAUAUCUUGAUGAGGACAACGUCGACCUCAGUAUUCUGUCCUGGACACAGGUUAAGGCGAUGAGCGCCAUGCUUGUAGAGGAGGAUAUCAGACACAGCUACAACUAAGACCUA